AAGCCGAGGAGGGACAGCGCUCUGCAUUUAUUGCUCACGAAGCCGGGCGGCUGGGGCCGCUGCCGCUGCUUUCUGUCUGAAGGUGGGGAAGGCACGGCGGGAGGACGGAGCGACCCACCAACCCCGCGCCCCUCCUGCGUCCCAGCCAUGGUCGGCUACGAGUAUGUGAGCGCCGAGCAGCUAGCCGGCUUCGAUAAGUAUAAGUACAGCGCUGUGGACAGCAACCCUCUCUCCCUGUAUGUUAUGCACCCAUUUUGGAAUACGGUGGUUAAGAUUUUCCCUACGUGGCUGGCCCCCAAUUUGAUAACGUUUUGUGGCUUCCUGCUGCUUGUCUUCAACUUCUUCCUCAUGGCAUACUUUGAUCCUGACUUUUAUGCAUCUGCACCUGAACACGUUCAUGUUCCGAACAAAGUGUGGGUCAUGGUGGGUCUUCUCAAUUUCAUUGCCUACACGCUAGAUGGUGUGGAUGGGAAGCAGGCUCGCCGGACCAAAUCCAGCACCCCACUUGGCGAGCUCUUUGACCAUGGCCUGGACAGCUGGGCUUGCAUGUUCUUCGUGGUGACGGUUUACUCCACCUUCGGCCGGGGGCCCAAUGGAGUUAGCGUCUUUGUCCUCUACCUACUCCUGUGGGUGGUUUUGUUCUCAUUUAUCCUCUCCCACUGGGAGAAGUAUAACACAGGGAUCCUUUUCCUGCCAUGGGGAUAUGACAUCAGCCAGGUGACAAUUUCCAUAGUGUACAUAGUGACUUCGAUUGUGGGAGUGGAGGCCUGGUAUGAACCUUUCCUGUUUAAUUUCUUAUAUAGAGACCUAUUCACUGCAAUGAUUAUUGGUUGUGCGCUCACUGUGACCCUUCCCAUGAGCCUGCAUAAUUACUACAAGGCCUACUCAAGCAAAACAUUGAAACACGACUCCUUUUAUGAGGCGAUGCUGCCUUUUCUCUCACCUGUGCUGCUCUUCAUCUUGUGCAUCGUCUGGAUCUUCCAGUCACCGUCAGACAUCCUGGAGACCCACCCGCGCCUCUUUUACUUCAUGGUUGGGACAGCAUUUGCUAAUAUUUCGUGUCGGCUGAUCGUCUGCCAGAUGAGCAGCACUCGGUGUCAGCCUCUCAACUGGAUGCUCCUGCCCCUUGCCCUGAUCAUCUUGGUCGUCAUGUCAGGGCUAAUACCUCAAUAUGAAACUCUCCUCCUCUACUUGCUCACCACAAUCAUCACCCUGGCACACAUCCACUACGGAGUCGGUGUGGUGAACCAACUGAGCCAGCAUUUCAACAUUCGGCCCUUCUCUUUACGAAAGCCGAAUUCCGAUUGACUAGACUUGGAGGAGGCAGCAGAAGAGGAGAAAGUCAGCCUGCAGUCUGCAGAGGCUCUGUAAAGCCAGUAGCCUGUGUAAAUAUACUUCAGCCAUCACCAUGGAACUAAAACUGACUCAGUUUGGAAGGCCAUGGGAGGGGGCAGAGAACUCAAGAGACACCGGCAGUGGAGGCCGUUCUUUCCCUGCCCCCUCCAUCAUGCCACAAGAGGGGGAAGAACCUUUAUGGCCAGGAGCCUGCACUAGACCAACGGAAUGUGCCCAGGGAAACCUCACGACCAGGCAUGGGGGCAGUGCCACGUGGAAGCCUUGAGACACCCCAAAACCAGGCGCUAUCAGUGGCUCAGGAGCCACAGAGCGGCCACAGAGCAUCCAUGGGCUGUGAUGAUAAUGUGACUUCUUGGAAUCAGAGGACAAAGUGGUGGACUGGUCCACAUCUCCUGCCACAGAAGCAGUAGUGCCAAGGGGCUUUUGUAAACAAAAAAUCCGUUGUAGAAAAGGCUUGAUGAAAGUGCUUUGGUGGAUGCAUGACUAAUGUGUAGAAUGUUCCCCCUCCACACGCACACGUACCUUUCUCCCCUCUACCCAGUCGCCAUUGUCUCCCUGCAAAUGUUGAUGCUUCAGACGUUGUCUACUCAAAUAUGUCCAGAUGGGUUGUCAUCCCACCCGGUGUGAGUAGUCACACUUGGAGAACGAGGUACUUUGGUGAAGUAGUCAAAGCCUCAUACAUUAUGUUUACUGCAGGGGGGGCCUUGUUUGUGGUGUGUGGUGUUACUUUCUUGUGAUAAUGUGUACUCUUGCAACUACAAUUACUGUCAAAUUGGGAGGCUGUUUUUGCAGGCACAUGAGUCUGUGUACAUAAACCUUCCUAGCACUGUAUUGUUUUAUUAGAAGAGAGGAAGGGAUUAGUUUGUUUUCUCUUUCCUUGGGCGAGGGGGCAGAAAAAUGAAAGAGCAACUCCCUUCACAACUUAAUUUUAGUAGACCCCUCUAACCACGUGGCUUGUUUCUGUUUCUCCAACUGGCAGUGUUGUGUCCAACUGUUCCUAAUCCUGUUUAAAACUGAGUGGUGGUGAAGAUUCAAGCGCUGAUUUUUUUUCCUCUUUUGUUGCUUUAUUUAAUGAAGAAUACUUUUUUAAAUUUUUGUGCUUGUAUGAAGAGUGCCGCCUAAACCCAAGUUCCUUGGAAAGGCUGCACCCGGAGGUAACGGAGCACAGCAGAGGAUAUUCAUACGCAAUUUACAGCAGGGUAAAAGUUUCAUGCUAUGAAACGGGAGGAGAAUCCAGCUUGGAAUACCUUCUUAUGGGUGAAAUAUAUUUCUGUAGGGGGAAAGCAUCUCAAUUGUGAAACUGCUAUUUAACUUUUUUUUUCUUGUUUUGUAAACUUGAAUUAUUAUGUCAAGCAAGAGGUAAGCAAUGUAAAAUCCAGGAGCUGGUUCUUAGCUCACUUUUUCCCCUUGUAUAUAGAUUUUUUUUAAAUUAAGUUUGAUCACAAAUUCUGUUUGUAAUGUUAAAUGUGCAAGAGAAAAGCAGAUUCUAGUAACUAAUGGUACAAUUGGGGGGGGAAAGGAGCAGGGGGAAAAGACUGCUGGUGGGCGUGGGUGACAAAACAAAAAUUUGGAUUUUGCUUGUUUAAUGAAUGUUGAACCAAGGUGGGAAAGGGGAUUCCCUGUUUUUAUUAAAUGACUUUGCACAGGAAAGGGGAAGUAAAAGGGCAGUGUACAAGUGGAAUCAAAUAGAGUACAGGGUUGUAAAUGGCACCUUGCAGAAAUAUAGAGCUGAGGUAAAAUCUUACAAAAGUCGUGUUUCCUGGCUUCCGAAGGCUACUGAUUCAGAGCAGGGGCGUGGCUUUUGUGUAUGCAUGUCUGUCUGCGCAUUGAAUCAUUGCAGGAAUGCUCUUUCUUUCGAAGUAGGACUCCUCUACUGGGGGUCCUAGGACAGUGUUCUGCAGGCUGCUGCCGUGUAAAAAUCCUCUGGAUAGAAGAAUGACUUCCCCCAGAUUUUAAUGGGUGGAGUAUAUUACCUGCAUGAAAACCCCUCACAAUGAUAUUGUGCAGUGAAUCAUUCCUUCGGAUACUACCUGGAAGCAUAAUUAUUACCCAUGCUCAGUUGCACAUGUCCACCAGUGCAUGACGACAGUUUCCACUUGAUAAUGUGUCUGUGUUUAAGUUACUGGUCUAUUCCAAGGCAGAUCCCUUGUCUGUAUCCUUCUGUCUGAUUACCUGGUUCUACUUUCUGAGCUUUUCUAUAACAAGGAAAUCGGUGCCUUAAAUGACUUGCCUCAAGCUGAGGAAAGAAGUCAGCUGUCUUAAUUUUUUUUUAACUUCCUGUCCAAGUUAAAACUGUAAGGAUAACAUCUUCUAAUGUCAAAAUAGAAUGAAUGAAUCUAAUUUGUGCUGGUUUUGUCUUAAUUUCAGUAACCGUGUAAACACUAUUGCAAAUUUAAUGGGAAUCAAAUGCACCAAUUUUUUCAUCUCUGGUGUUUGUAGCACCUUUCUCUGUGUGUUUGUGUGUGUGUGUUGUGUUAAAUAUAUUAUGUACCGCAGGAGGCGAGUGUGCAUCCUACCACUUUCUCCCCUGCAUUCAGAGGAAUUUGUUAAAGUUAAAGAUGUUGUGACUCUUCCCUGCUUUCUGGAUUUCCCCCUGUGAAUAAGUGGCAUUGCUUUCCAAUAGUGAGGCAGUCGUUUUCCCUGCCCUGGCAUUCCCUUUCUUCGUCUUCUGAAAUGAUGACCGCAUCUUGCUGCUUCGCUUUUUGUGGCUUGACUCACUGCCUUUCAAUAUCUGCUUUUGGCUCUUUAAGUCACUCCUGAAGAGCAAUUCUUCAAGAGCGAUCUGUGGGUGGAAACCAUAGGGCAGAUCCAACAUUUACAUCCUGCAGGACCCAAACUGGAGGCAGAACUUUGGUCCUGGAAUGUGCUUCAGUGAAGCUUUCAUAAGUGCUCCACAAAUCCUUGCCGAUGGGAGAGAGGCAGAGACUUGGCUGAAUCCAGAAAAUUCCUAUAGAAUGUAAGUUCAGUUUCUGCCGGGGAGGUGAGAGUACGGGACUGGGGUGACAAAUGGAUAGCAAACUUCGCUGGCUUAUACACCUGGUUGCUUUUACUUGGUACCAAUGUGUUCUCAUUUUAUAGAGUGGACCCUAACAGUUUGGGCUAAUAUGUGCCUCUUGAGGACCUGCUGGCUAUUUCUAGACUAAAUCUCACACAAUGUGCACGCCCAGUGUGCUUGGGUUCACAGACAGUACCGCAUUGACUUAAUCCGGCAGUCCUGAUUGGGCAAAGUGGAAAUAUGUCAGUCAUAGGUUGAAGGCACCCUUUGCUGCUUUGCAAAGCAUUCCUACAAUAUAGAGUUGUGUGAUGGUGAUUUGAGAGAGAUCCUACUCAUAUAGAUUGAUUUUCCACCCACCCAUCCCCCUGGUUUAGCACCAGCUCUGCUACCUGUUUGUUCUGGGACUGGAGGCAUAUCCUGUACCGCAGGCCCACCUAGAAAUGCAGGCAUUUCAGGCUUUGACUUUGCCUCUGUAGCUUUGACUUAAACCUCCCUCUGAAGCUGUGCAUAAAAUUGGAAAGGGGCUCUCCAUGCUCUAGCAAAGGCCACAGAUGUUGCUUGUUCAGGCAUGGGAGAGCUGCCAGGCCUGAAAAGGGGUCUUUGCAGGUAUUUCUUAAUUGGAAAGGAAAGGGCCCUUAUCUUGCUUGCAUUCAGUGUAGGCCCCAUUAGGAAACAGGUACCAGCUUUAUCACAACUGAACUGCACCUAAAUUCUGGAUUUUCCUUGCUUAUGUGAGACAGGGUCUUGAUCUUGGCAUUUUUAAAAAGCUUAUUUGCAGAUCGUUGCCUCAAAGAUGUACUCUUUCUUCAGCAGAGAAUACUUGGAAGGGCCAGAUUUGGCUCAUGUCCCUUCCCCCCUUGGGGGAAUGUAAAAAACUUGAGUCCCAUGAAUCUGACCCUUCAAAUGGUUCCUCGGUCUUCGGUACUCUCUGUCUGGAAGGACUUACCACAGUUCUAAGGCAAGGGAUUCUUUUAAUUUUUAUUUUUCCAUGGGUUCAAUCCACCGGGCUUUGACCAGGACUGGCUGCAUCAAUGCAAACUGAUUGUACAGAAUUAUUAUUAGUGGAAUAAAAUUGCUAUAGGAAACUAUUCCCUGUCACAGCCGGGAGGGUGUCUCCCAGCCCUCUACCAGGAAUUAUACUUGUCUUAUACAUGCAUUAUUGGGAGGUUUGACUGUCUUACAAUGGGUUUGAAUUCUGAUCCAUGAAAUGCUAUUACUGGUAAAUAUUUAUUGUAUUAAAAAUUACUAUAAAAAUAAACUUCAAUAAAAAAAUUUUUCCAAGCUUU